AUGAACGCGUCUUUAGGCCCUGGAGGUCCAUUAAAUGUCUUCUUCUCCGAGGAUGGGUUAUACGCUGCCCAUGUGAGCGGAAAAUCUUUGAUUGUGCACUCCAACGUAACUUCAGAGAACCCAGAAGUGCAGAUCUCGCGCACCAAGGAGAGUGCACUUAAAUCACUCAGAUAUUUCAACUCCAGAGAUUCCAUCGGUUCGUCAUUUGACGAAAGCGCCUCUUGGCGGCGAAUUUUGACUGCCAACGAUAACCGCAUUUCGGUCUGGCAGCUCACUCCGCUUGAAAUAGUUGCUGAGAUCGGAACCCUUGAACCAGGAGCAUUGGCUUUUGACUUCGGCGCCGACGAGAAUGAAGUACUUGUUUUUCAUGCGUGGAACACGAAGUUGAGCAUCCACUCAUUAGAAACUGGCCGUAGCUCAGUCAUUAAAACACCGAAACUGGCCCAUCAUCUUGGGUUUGGCUAUCGGCCGGAAACCAGAGAACUGGCCAUUCUUCUGAAACCGGAGACCUCAGACCUACUGACUGUACAUGAGCCCAAGUCUUAUAACAUCAUCAACAGAACUGUGCUUCCAACAAUUGAUGCACAAGGAUUGAAAUGGAGCCCCGAUGGGAAAUGGAUUGCCGUCUGGGAUACUGCUAGUGCAGGCACAAAGGUGCUGAUAUUCACAGCGGACGGUCAACUCUACAGGACCAAUGACGGACCAUCUGGGGUGGACGAUUCCUUCGACCUAGGAGUGAAACAGAUUGAAUGGAGCCCUGCUCCUCGCCAAGGAAUUUCAGAAAUAUUGGCAGUGGGGAAAGUCAACGGCAACAUUGAUUUACUCCGAACCCGCACUUUCUCUUCCGCAACGACUCUUUCACAUAUCUUCCACUCAGACCAGCAAUGUCACGAUAUUUGGCGCGAGAGAUACACUAGUGCCACAGGGGACGCUGAAUAUGCUGAAGCAUCUUGCUCCUCGGCAUUCAGCAUGAGCCCGGAGUCGGCAGGACCUCCACGAGGUGUUUUGACUAUGACCUUCAGCCCGGACGGUCAUCUUCUUGCCACUGUUGACACUACAAGGCAGAAUGUUGUUUGGAUUUGGUCAUUAGAUGGCACCCCGAAACUUAUGUCAGCUUUGGUUCACGAGCAACCGGUGCGGCAGGUUGUUUGGCAUCCCUCGAUGCCACAACUCUUGAUCAACACCAUCACUAAUGCAUUACCUGCUAUUCGUUGGUGGUCACCACAUGAUCGUCCACUGAUUGCCCGCGUUCCUGUCCAAAGGAGUGAGAGUGGGAAAUAUGACGUGCGAUGGGCUGCAAGUUCAGAUUCAGACUCAUCAUUUUGGUUUGGGUCCACAGAAGCACAUGUUAUCGGAUAUUUGUCCGCUCAAGAGGGCGCCGUUGAGUUUGAAGUGUUGAAUACGGUGGGCAGUAAACUCGGCGAGGGCCAUGGAGGCAGUUUGAGCCGAUAG